GAGUUGCCGAUCCAAAGGCCUGGCUUAGGAGUGAUCCCGAGCCACCUGUACUGUCAAGAUCAAGAUAAAGAUCAUGCUAUACACUUGUCAAAUCAAACACGAGUGCCAGUUAGCUAUACAUGGGGUAAUUUUGGCAGUGUUUACACUCCGUGCCCUUGGUCGUCAAAUUCUUUUAGAGUGGUUGGCAGUGACACUGACUUUCAGAAUAAACCUGUGAAUGUCUCCAGUGUCACCCAGUGCCAUGACUUCCUAGUCCCAAGACUGCCUGUGUUGUACGAACUCCUUUAGCUGCUAAAAUUCUGGCGAGUCGGCCCUCUGCGCAUGCGCAUUGUCACGUCAGCACUACAACAUACAGCUCCAAGGAGGAAACGAUGACUUCCAUGAUUGGCAGCAGGCAACCGGAUGUCAUUAAACGUCAGAACACAUGACUGAGAGUCACGCACCUAGAGCGUCUGCGCAGCAUUGAUAACGAACACAUGAACACACUCCAGCAUUGAUAACAAACACACGAACUCACUCACUAUCCUGUCAAUGACCGUGGAAACAGGAUCCCAGCUAAAAACUGAGCACCAGCACCACUGUGUUGGCAGGUGCAAGAGUAUGUGGUGGGUGCAGCAGGCACUAGUGUGGCUGGUCCUUGGAGCUGCCUUCACUGCUGCCCUCAACUUCUUCCUUAUGUCCAGAGGUCCUCCUCUAGCAACUAUUCUCUCACACCUGCAGUCUCCACCAUCAUCAUCUUCCUUAGAACAUCAUUCCCUCCACCAACAAGUUUACCUUAGGGGUGAAGUGUAUGCUUUAAGAAAUAGUGAGUAUCUUAACUGGAAUCAGAAGAACCGAACAGGAAUUACAAAUGCCAUUCACGCACUGUAUGACCACCUGCCCGGGGUGAAGGUUCGCCACAGGACUCCCUCACCCCACCUACACAGCCUCAUCCACACCCUCAGGCAGGACAUCACCACUAGGGGAGUUAGCAGUGAUCCCUGGGACUUAGCAAAGAAGUGGGCCAAUCCCAGGUCGCUGGUUCCAGGUUCUGCUCAUGGGCUUGGAGAUGUGCUGGGAGCCUUGGCCACUGCCCCCAUCAUAUCCAGUGAUGUUGGCCACGGGGGCACUCAACUCAAGAUCUUUCUACUACUCAAGGGUGGCCAGAGAGCAGUGUUCAAGCCAAUAAGGUACUUGAGAGAGGAAAUCAUAGAGGGAGAGAUAUAUGACGGAGCAGACAGACACAAUGGGGAGGUGGCUGCUUUUCAUCUAAGCCGCCUGCUUGCUCUACCCACUGUGCCACUCGCUGUGGGUCGCUGGGUGUCUCUCAGAAAGCACAUCUUACCUGUGGCUUCCAAAGAACUUGCCACCACCUUCUUCAAGAUGGAAGGAGGAGAAGUUUGCUUUUAUGGAGUGUGUUACUACUGCAACAAGAACGAAUCUGUGUGUGAUAAUGGUGCCACACUGGAGGGUGUAGUAACAAUGUGGUUGCCUCCCCACCUCCCUCUCACGCAAUUGCAUCACCCUUGGGCACGCACAUACAUACGCACUAAGCUCGCCCCGUGGGAGGAGCAGCCAGGCUACUGUGAGGAGGUAAGGCAGCAUGUACCUUACAGUUGGGACAAAUCCCCUCGUCUAUUGGACCUCAUGGACGCUGCUGUUUUUGACUACCUUAUACAGAAUGGCGAUCGACAUCACUACAGCGUCAUAGCUGGAAAGCUUGAGUCAGCCGUCAUCCUCCUGGACAAUGGAAAAAGUUUUGGGGAUGCUGAAGUGGAUCAUUUGGACAUCCUUGCACCAAUUCUUCAGUGUUGCCGACUACGGCAGACCACUUAUGAACGUCUUCUGCUCCUGACUGGUGGUGGACUGUCCCUGGCAAUGCAAGAGUUGCUCAACCUUGACCCCCUUGCACCUGUCCUGACUCGAGCUCACCUGUUAGCUCUCGACCGACGACUUUCCCAUAUUCUGGCUGCCCUUUCGUCCUGUCGUGAGCGGCUGGGUGGCUGGCACCAGGUCCUGUUUUAGGCACUUAGUACUGAGGAGCUCCAAAGAGAUACAUAGUGAAGGUGUGUGAACUGUAUUUACCCACAUGUUUAUGUACUUGUUUGUGUUUGUAACAGCAGUGGGUCAAACUUACAUAAUAUCCUAGCUUUUAAUACCAAACUAUUCUGUUCUCUUUAGAUUGGUGUAUACUAUGUGGUCACACCACUUUCAUUAUGCAUUCCUCUGAGUUCUUGCUUAAUUUUGAGAAUGGCAUUUCUGCACAUCUGCAUGUUCUCAAUGGUACAAGUCAUCUAUUCCUUUAUUUCUUUUUAUUUUUCAUUUGUAUUUGAUAGUCAUGUGUUUUUUUCAGAUUUUUUGUAGCUUGGUUAAUCAUGACUUAGGUGAUCUUUCUUCAUAUAUUAAACUUUGGAGACUUUGUACCAAUCCUGCACUUUUCACUUUUCUAGUUUAUUAAUAUUGUGUUUUCACGUGAAUUCCACCCUAAUCCUUCAUAUUUGUGUGUAGAUAUUACAAAAGAUAUGGUUAUUUUCCUUGUCCCUUCAUCCUCAUAUGUGACAGCCACUCACAUACUUGGCAAUUAUCUUUUAUUUACAUAUGAUCCUCUAAUAUUAUUUUUUUUCUUAUUCAUCAUUGCACUCAAAUCUUUCUUUCUCCAUAUUUUCAGUAUUUUAUUAUCAAACCUUUUCUUCCACUCCCUCUAAACUUGUUAGCUGCAUACAUAUAUAUUUUUUCUAUGUUUUUAGUCUAACUUAUGUUUCCUUUAAAGGCUUAGAUGAUCAGCCCCUUGUAUUCAUGGAAGUUUGUUUGUUGCUCAUCCUUGGUGGCACAGGCAGAUUUUUAGACUUUUAGCAGAUCUUCAUGCUGCUUCUCAGAGUUUUCUGAUGCAAUUUCCAUUGAAGAUAUGGAUGAUAAGAAGCAUGUGAGUAUUCUUUGGUCACUUACAGAUAACUUAAGAAAAUAGCCAUCUUCCAGCAGAACUUGAACUCAGAUCCCUAAGAUCACCACAUCCGAGUACUGACCACUAUAAGGCAACCAUCUCCCCUAAAUUAUUUCCAGAAUUUUGGCCACAACACUUGUUAAUAAUACACAUCUAUAGUUUAGUUCUGCUUAUUCAUUUCUUUACUACAGUAAAAACUCAUUUUAAUAGAAUAAUUUAACCAAGGCCAAUUCUAGUCAGUCCUAUUUUCUGGUAAGUCAAACUUUCAUUUUACAGCUCCUGAUGUUGGUUAAAAUGAUGAACUUAUUUUAUAAAAUAGAGGCUAUUUUCAGUUAAUCCUUCUGGAUAACUUUAUGCACACAAGACUUUUUGUGACUAAAAGAUUAUAAAGUAUUCAGGAUUAAUACAGCCAAGUGGAGCAAAAGGAAAAUGCAUCUGAGAGCAAGGUGCGAAUCCUAUGAGUCGCACAAAAUUACUCUCAUAUGCCUUCAUGCAAGGCAUGAGUUGUUAGUGGAUGUUGCUACAACAUUAGUGCUACCUCUAUGAACUAACAUGGAAGACUUUUUUGCUGUGGCUUCCACCAGAUGUCUCAUGGGGCAUUGGGCCAUUGACCUGAAAAAAGCCCCUAAAUUAUUUCCUCGACUUUCCUACAUUCAUGCAAAAAGCUAUUCACCAAAUUGUCAGUAAACACAACCAAUGUACUCUGUAAACUUUGUAAUAAAAAAUGUAGGAGAAAACCA